AGUACCUUCAUGAGUGGUCCUGUUGGCAUGGCUCUCAUACCUGCCGGCACUCCAAUGGCUGUACAUGGCCUAAUGUUCACACGAGCAUUCAGAGGUCAAGGCACACCAGAACAAUAUGAAAAAUUCGGGCGGCGAGCAGACAACUGUGAAAUCCUUGGCACUUAUGCGCAAACGGAACUUGGACAUGGAACCUACUUACGAGGACUGGAAACACGCGCCGACUAUGAUCGCAAAACUGAUGAAUUUGUGCUGAAUACGCCCACUUUGACAUCGUACAAGUGGUGGCCUGGUGGAUUGGGUCAAUCGGUCAACUAUUGUAUUGUGGUCGCACAGCUGUAUAUCGACAAUGAGCCGUUGGGCGUGCAAUUGUUUGUAUUGCAGGUGCGUGAUGAGCAAACGCAUGCGCCGCUGCCGGGCAUCGACAUUGGUGAUAUUGGUAAAAAGAUCGGCAUGCAGGGCGUAAAUAAUGGUUACUUGGGCUUAAAGAAUGUACGCAUUCCACGCAUGAAUAUGCUGAUGAAGAAUGCUAAGGUGUUGCCGGAUGGCACCUUUGUGAAGAGUCCUGUGUCGCAGCUAGCCUACUUUCCGAUGGUUUACGUACGUUGUAUGGUUGUGCUGGGUAAUAGCAUAUUGCAUGCAGCAGCAGCGACCAUAACGACGCGUUAUUCGGCUGUAAGGCGUCAGAGUCCCAUAAAUCCAGACGGCCCGGAACCACAGGUGUUGGACCAUCUCACCCAACAAAUGAAAGUUGUGCCGGAGAUUGCUACGGCUAUUGCGUAUCGUAUCGCUGGUGGCAAGCUGUACAAAUUAUUCGAGCAAACGUCGAAGGAUGUCAAUCGUGGCGACUACUCGCGCUUGCCGGAGCUCCAUGCGCUGGCCUGUACGCUAAAAGCAUCCUGCACAUAUGAUUCAGCAUUUGGCAUUGAACGUUUGCGUCUGUCAUGUGGCGGCCAUGGUUAUUUAGCUUCAGCCAAUUUGGGUAACCUUUUCACAUCGGCUACGGCCGCUUGUACCUAUGAGGGCGAGAAUUCUGUAUUGUACUUGCAGGUUGGUAGAAUUUUAUUGAAAACCUGGGCGGAAGUAUUGGCUGGCAAGCAGCUAAUGCCUACAAUGACGUAUUUGAGCGAGUGCGCUAAUUGGAGUAAGUUUCCACAAUGGAGUGACGAUUGGAAGUGUUUGGCGCAGGCUCUGCAAUACACGGCUACCAAUAAAACACGCAUCGCCUUUAAAAGCUAUAAUGAACGAUUGAAGCGUGGUAUGCCGCAGCCAGAGGCAGUAAAUGCAACUGGUAUAGAGUUGACGCAGGCCGCUGAGCUCCACGGUCGUGCCUUUGUUACCAACAACUUCUUCGAAGAGGUUACUGGCCCGAAGGCAGCUAAACGUUCGACAUCACUGAAUAAGGUGCUCGAAGAUCUGCUUGAACUAUAUCUGGUACAUACUGUUCAACGACAUAUGGCCGACGUUUUGAGGUUCAUUCCCCUAACCGACGACCAUUUAACUUCACUGCAAACGCGGCUUGAAGCAGUGCUUGCUAGGCUGCGCCCCAAUGCAGUCACCAUUUGUGAUGGUUUCGAUUUCCAUGACAAGGUACUGAGCUCCGUUUUGGGUUGCUAUGAUGGCAAUGUCUAUGAGCGCAUUUUUAAAGCGGCCAAGAAGAGUCCCCUGAAUCAGAAAGCUGUGCCGGCGUCAUAUGAACAGCACUUGAAACCAUUUAUGAAGUCGAAUUUGUAAGGACGGAUGAGUGGGGUUUGAUGCUGAUGUUGGGCGAAAGUCUAUUAUGAAAACCUCUGGAGCCCAUUUUUGUACACUUUUGUAAAUGAUGUAAAUAAAUAUUAGAUUUUAUUUUUAA